AUGCUUAUCCUGGCCUUGCAAUCCGAGUGCCACAUUGUCAUCCAAGAAGGUUACAACCCAACCAACCUAGUUCACAGUCCAGACCCCCUUCAACAGCCCCUCCCCGCCUCACAUCCCAAACCCAAGGCCAUAUCCACACCCCCUCCCACACCCCCACCAUGGCUCACGGCCCCUGAGCCAUACCCCUCCCACAGCUCCACCCUGGCUUACAGCCCCAACGCCAGCCCACAGCCACACCCCUGCCCACAACCCCACCUGCACUUACAGCUCCAACCCCAGCCCUCACCCACACCUUGUCUUACAUUGCCAACCUCAGCCCACAGACCUAUCCAUUUCCUCCUCCUGGUUGGGUCACCCAGCGUAGUGUUACUGGAUCACUGA